AUGGAACACAAGGCAUACUGGGCUCUGAAAUUUCUUAAUUUUGAUGAGGCUUUAUCAGGAGAAAAUAGGAAGUUACAACUCUUGGAACUGGAGGAAAUGAGAUUGAAUGCGUAUGAGUCUUCAAGGUUGUACAAAGAAAAAGUGAAGGCCUAUCAUGUCAAGAAGCUACUCAAGAAGGACUUUAGGCCAGGACAACAAGUGUUGCUGUUCAAUUCAAGAUUGAAAUUGUUUUCAGGCAAGCUAAAGUCUAAAUGGUCUAGACCUUUCACCAUUAAAGAAGUCAAACCAUAUGGAGCAGUGGAAUUAUUCAACCCUCAAUCAGAAACUCCGGACAAAACAUGGAUACUAAAUGGUCAGAGGUUAAAGCUGUACCAUGGUGGGAACAUUGAGAGGCUGACCAUCAUUAUGCAAUUACAAGACCCUUGA